CCUUUGAAUUCUGAAUGGGAUAUAUAAUGGAUAAUCUUUUGAUUUUACUUCAUCAUCUGCGCGCUCAAUUCUCAGCUCAUCCACACAGUUCAUAAACUUUCUGGAAUCCAAAACCAAGUUCUGAAUUUCACAUAUAGUUAUUCUGCUUGAUUAAUUUCAAUCUUAUAUCAUGAGGAAAGGCUCAACAUCAAUUGCAUCAACCGUUCUUUUUCCUGACGUCCUAGCUUUUCUGCUCUUCCUUGUUCAAGUUCAAGCAAGAAACUUGAAUGAAGCUGAUUGUUCUUCUUCCUGUGGAGAUAUCCACAACAUCAAGUACCCUUUCCACCUUAAAGGCGAUCCAUCCGGCUGCGGUGACCCCGACUUUGAAUUCUCAUGUGUCAACAACAAAACCAUCCUCGAAAUAUUUCCGGGUAAAUACUACGUCAAAAACAUUUCAUACACUGACAAUCUACUCCGUUUAGUUGACGUCAACUUCGCAAACGGAAGCUGCAGCCUCCCAUCUGGUUCUAUAGAAAAUUCAGAUGGUUUCGUCCAAGACGUUCGUUACAAGGGUCAUGUCAACUACACAACUGGAUCUCGUAUCCGAUUUGUCAAGUGCUCAAGAAAUGUCACCCUGCAGAAUAAUGAGAAGUAUUAUUAUAACUACACGGAGGUUCCUUGUUUGACAAGAAAUGGAACUUACACGUAUGCUGUUCUAGAUGGAAUGUACACGGCUAUGGAUUAUCCACCGACGUGCUCACUUGUUUCGCUGGCUCCUGUGGAUUAUCAUGAAGAUGUUUAUAAGUCCCCUACUUAUGAAGCCAUAGUGAAAGAGUUGCAGGCAGGGUUUGAUCUCGGUUGGUCUGUUGAGUGCAGGGAUUGCUCUUUGGCUGGUAAGCAUUGCGUAAUCGAUGACAAAGCAUGGGACACUAGGCCUAUCAUAUUCCAAUGUGCAAAAGAUUACAAAGAACUCACACAGUUUGAAGCAAGAUUGAUCAUUGUGGGAAUCUGUGUGGCAGGUGUAAUUGGUCUAUUGCUUAUAGUUGCUGUAUUGGUGUUUGUUAUCCGCAAAUAUAAGAAACGAAACAAGCCCGUGAAGAAUCUACAGAACCAGCAAUCAUCGACACUUUGAAUCAGCAAUUCUUGUACAAGUUAACCAAUGGUUCUGCUUGGGCUGUACGUAAUGUAUGAUUACAUGCCUAAUGGGACUCUUGCUACUCUUAUGGCCUCAAAGGAAGGCAAAAUCCAGUCAUUGAGUUGGGAAAACUGCAGGAGAUUGCUCUUGGAAUCGCUCAAGCGAUCAAGUAUCUACACAAGACAAGUGAUGUGUGCACUUCAUUUAUAAAUUAAUUAAGCCUCAAAAUUAGUAGGACCAAAAAUUAUUCCCAAAAAUAUCAAAUGUUUGCCUGGUAAAAUUUUAUCCGAAAGAUCAUGGUCUAUUUUACACAGCUCCGGAACUGAAGACUUGGAAAUUACUCGGAUCUGCUGCAAGGGAAUCAUAUAUUUAUAGUUUUGGGAUGCUGAUUUUGGCAAUGGCCAGAGGAAAAAUUGAUUGCAAUGCAAAGGCAAGUAGUUCAAGAGGAGUGAUGUGCAUUUAUAACCAUUUAGUUGGCUGGAGAUUCGGAGACUUGGGAAUCCAAUGUGUAUAGUGGGGUUAUGGUGCGUCAAGUGAAGGUAUCCGAUCAUCCCUCGAUUACAGAAGUUGUGGAGAUGUUGAAAGGAAACAUCGAUAGCCUCCAAAUGCCUCCUCAUCCUUCCUUAUCAUCAGCAUCCUUUCCACCUCUACAGAGGCAGAGGACCAAUUGGAUCCUUCUGAUGAUCAGAUGCUGACUUCAAAGACAAUGCAAAGAAGCUAGCUAGGUAUAGCACCAUAAUAUUUGACAGUAUUAUAUCUAUAAUUUUUUGACUUAUGUGUGUCAUCUUUGCCAACUAUGCUAAUCUUCGCUGUAUCGUUCAACGAACAACAGUAUUAUAUCUACAAUGUUUAGGGACACUUUGGCAAUUGAAUUGUUAUAUUAUAAAUUUGCAAGGACUAUAGGAAUAAGGAAAAGUCAUGAUGAUGAAUAGUGGUUGCUACUUGUUUUUCCCUUUAUGUAAGAGGUACUAUCUCUGUUUCUAGAAUAGACAACAAUUCACUUCUGGCCAUAGAUAAUUCAAUGGAAU